AUGGAUGAAGGCGCAUCUUCUCGUCCGACAGACACCCCCGAAGGCUCUGCUGGUGGGGAUGAUAACAACGCCGCCUCGGCUGCGUCGAAGAACCCGGCCUUGAAGGAUCGGAAAUGCCAGUAUUGCCAUCAAGCGUUCACCUCGUCGUCCCUCGGUCGCCAUCUGGACCAGUUCCUCUUCAAGAAAAAACCAGACGGCGUUCACGAUGUCGAGGAGAUCCGGCGCAUUCGGAGCGGAAUCACGCGGCGACAGGCCCGUACCUCCUCUGGGAGACGGGAUACCCCCGAGCGAGCGACGAGCAAAGGCCAGCAGGACACGUACAGUGCGGGCGAAUCGGGGAUCAAGUCACGCGAGGGCGCGUAUAGAAUGAUGUUUAACACGCCCACGUGGCAUGCGACCGGAGUGAUCAAUGACAUCCCCAACCCGACUCAGUCGCAAGAGAAUAGCUCGUCUCAAUCGCGCAUUGCGCCUUCGCAGUCACGGGCUGGUCCGCUUUCGUAUCCGGAAAGAGGUGGAUCAAAUAACCCAGACACCAUGAGGGCGUUGGAGCUGGCCUUGCGCGAGGUGCUGGACAACAUCAAAGCCGCAACUUCCAGAAUGCGCCCUAGGCUCUCCCCAUUUGACUUCGACAUCCAGGCGCAAACGUUCCCUUCCCUCUGCCUGCAGCUGCUGCCUCCCCCACCCAGUCUAUUCGCAGCAAGCCCAUUUCCGUCUCCCUCGUCAUUCCCCCUCCAGCCUCCAGGAGUCGAGCAUCUCGACAUUGUCCGACAGGCGCUCCGCGCCAAGAUCGAUCAAUGGCAAUCCGACCAGCGCACCGCCGAGUCCAACAGCAGCUCCCAGUCAGGAAGACCCAGCCUCGGGCUGGACUCGACCAUGAUCGGUCGGAGCGCGCAGCAACACGAAGACCUCAGUCUGCGACACCUAGAGCUGGCAUUCAAACAUUGGGUCUCCAUGCCUGCAGACGCCCGGAGAGACGCCUGGCAACUCGAAAUCACCCGCGCAUUCGCACGGGAAAUGGAAAAGCGCAAGUCGCUCGACGACCAACUCGCGCGCGUCCAACAGGAGGCCAACCAACUUCGCGCGCAGGUCGAGCGCCUCGGCUCCUGCCAAUGGCCGAGGGAAUUCGCAAUCUUCCCUCCCGACACCCUCCCCCUCCCCCGGGACGUCGCCCGCGAACUCGACACCAAGGAGAGCCAAAUCAGCCCCACCUCCUCACGCUGGGACUACGACAACGUCGUCGCCAAAUGGAAACGAGUCGUCAUGCACGACCGAGGCAUGGGUCGCAUCGGGGUCGGGAUCGGCCACGCCAGCAACCCACCGGAUGACUACCGCAGCACCGAACCCAGACACCCCCCCACCAGCGACACCGACCCAACCACCCGCGCCAGGACCCUAAACCCCCCGUCCGCACUCAGCCCCGGCCCAUCCCCCUCCAACACCAGCGGUGGCGGCCCCUCCGCGCCCCCAAGCCAACAAACCUCCCCAUACCUCCCACACGACCACCACCACACCCGGAGCCCCGACGCAGGGCCACAAGCCAAACGACCCCGUCUGAUGAACGGCCACCAUCAUGCCGGAACCACGCCGGACGGCGUCCCCAGUUCCGUUCCCACGAAUCAGACCCCCGCCAGUGCGCCGAGUAGUAGUACUACUGCUAGCUCCUGGACAACGACCACGCAAGCCCCCUCCACUAUCGCCUCCUCCAUCGCUAGUGCCAAUCCUGCAGGUCCUACGCCCCCGCCUUCUUGUUCUGGGUGAUCAUGAUGAUUG